AUGGGCUCUGGACUUUCUGGCCCACCGCGCCAGCCAGCGGAGAUGCGCGGGUGCAGCCUUUGCUGCGGGAGUCGCAGCGUCCUUUGUGACCAAGCGGAGCAUGUGGGAAACACGUACAGAGGCAUCCAGGGCUCGAUAAAAAUCGAUCAGCAGACCAUGUUGUACCCAAUGUUUGUGAUGAAGGUGAGCGAUGCGUUGGAGCUUCCGAAAGUCGAGGAUCAUCAGGAACUUCUUGCCAAAGGGAAGGUUACUGUUUUCAGUCUCGGCAUGGAGGCGAUUUUCGUUUCUCACCAGUGGCUUGCCCGAGCGCACCCCGAUCCGGACCAGCGUCAAUUUGCAGUUUUGCAAGACGCACUCCAGAAUAUCAUCGGGGGCAUGCGCGUGUACGAUUGCAGGACAUCGAUCUGGUUACUCCCUCAAAUCGGCUCGUAUCUGGCAGGGGACCAAGGUCGUAAUCUUGCGGACGCAUACAUAUGGUACGAUUACUUUGCCAUCCCGCAGGUCACAUCUGCGAGGGCCUCGGCCACCGUUUGCGAAGAUCUAGGAGCCGCGGUCAGCUCUAUCCCUGCAUACGUUGAAAACUGCGCGCACUUCUUCGUGCUCGCACCACCACUCUUGCACAAGGACAACGGCACCCUCUGUAAUCGGCACAGCUGGAGCGAGCGCGGAUGGUGCCGCGCGGAGUUGGUGGCCCGCACCUUCUCGUGCAGAGAAGCAGGCCCCGUGUGCGUGAUCUCCCAGGGCUCGCUGGCGGUGAAGACGUUUCCGUUUGCGUGGAUCGAGUGCUUGCCUCGCUACGGCGAUUUUUCAGUCGAGGAGGAUCGGAAGAAGGUAUGUGGCUUCAUGACCAAAUGCAUGCGUCGGCGGGCUGGUAAAUUUCUCGCCGACAAUCGCCUGUUUGAGUUCCGUUUCCUCCAGGCGAUGCUUGCACACGCUAGUGGUGAUGAGGAGAGGGUGGAAACGAUUGACGUCUGGUUGGAGAACUACAAAUUCUCGGAGCCAAGGUCGGAUGGGCCCUACGGCUGGGCUCCGAUCCAUUUUGCUGCCUUGGAGGGGAACUUGCCGAUCUUGAGUUCUAUAUUCGCUGCUGGUGAGAGGGUCGACCGGAAGACCACAGGACACCAGAUAGAGUUCAGCGCGUGGCCAGAGCACACUCCGCUGACUAUCAUCGCCAUGUUCGUCCCAGAUUCUUCCCUGGCCGUGGACGUGACGAAGGGCCUCUUGGCCAUGCGUGCCGACGCGAACACGAAGUCCUGCAGUUUCAACCGGUCGCCUCUGAACUGGGCCGCGAACGGGGCGGCUCGCGACCCGGCUCUGUGCGCCCUGCUGCUCGAGGAGGGCGGGGCGCUCGAGGAUGCGGAUGAUCUUGGAUUCACCCCUCUUGCGAGCGCCUGCCACCAAUGCCCUGGAGCAUCUAAACCAUGUUCACAAAGUCUGACAAGGUGA